UUGCCCACAAGGCAACAUACGAACACACACUUCAACCGAGUUUAAUCCGUUUACUUCAGUCAUGAUUCUCACAGUCAAACAACUGUUUAAAUAGCCGAAUUCAUGAAUGUUUAUGAGACCAAGACAUUUUGGACACAGGUGAACGCAAUCAGUUGAUUAACCUGCUGCGCGGCCUUGAUAUGGAGGAGCCCAGUGACUUGCAUGACAUAAAUGGCUCCCCUCCCUGGGCGGACCACCAACAUCAGUGUGUGGAGGAGCUGGACAAUGUGGAGUGUCUCAGAAGGAAGAUCAAAUAUUACUUCAUGAACCCCUGUGAGAAGUACCACGCUCGCGGCCGAAAACCAUGGAAACUCAUCCUGCAAAUCAUCAAAAUUGCCAUUAUUACUGUGCAGUUAGUGUCUUUUGGGCUGAGCAACCAGAUGGUUGUCAUGUUCAAGGAGGAAAAUCUGAUGACAUUCAAGCACCUCUUCUUGAAAGAUUAUGUUGAUGGAGGCAUGGAUACGUAUGCUGUUUACAGACAGGCUGAUGUUUAUGAUCACAUCGAUUACAUCAUUGAACAGUAUGGACAUCUGCACAACAUCACAGUAGGCAAUCACGAAUACGAGAAAAAUGGUACUUUGUACAACCCCCUGUCAGUGUGUGAGGAGUUGUACAGAAACGGUACCAUCUACGCGGGCAAUGAGACCUUUGAAAUUGAUGCCCAAGUGAAAACCGAUUGCUUUGACGUUUAUCCGAUGUAUCAUCCCGCACUUCCACGUUUCGAAUUGCAUUUCAAAAGGAUGAUUUCUGUCAAGAUCACGUUUGUUCUUAAGGCCAUAAAUUUACAGACGGUGAGACGUCGAGAACUGCCGGACUGCUACGACUUUACUGUUAUUAUAACCUUCAACAACCAAGUGCACAGCGGCAGGAUAAAGGUUGACCUGGAAAACGAUGUAGACAUCAAUGAAUGCAGAGACUGGAAAGUAACUGGAGCUUCUGCUAGAAACAUAUACCUGACUGUGCUGUUUGACUGCCUCAUCAUUAUAACGUGCAUCACCUCCUUUGCCCUCUGCACACGCUCAGUGAUCAAUGGGAUUCGACUGCAGUUUGAGUACACACUCCAUUGCAAGGACCACGGCGGUAAUCAAGUCCCAUGCUCAGACAAGUUGGAGUUUUUGAAUGGUUGGUACAUCCUCAUUAUCGUGAGCGACACUUUGACCGUCAUUGGCUCCAUUCUCAAGAUAGAGAUCCAGACUAAGGUCCUCACUAGUUAUGAUGUCUGCAGCAUCCUCCUUGGGACCGGUACCAUGUUUGUCUGGAUCGGGGUCAUCCGCUACAUGGGAUACUUUAAGAAGUAUAAUAUUCUCAUCCUGACUCUGAGGGCAGCGUUCCCAAAUGUAAUCCGUUUCAUCUGCUGUGCUGGAAUAAUCUACCUGAGCUACUGCUUCUGCGGCUGGAUUGUCCUUGGCCCAUAUCACGAGAAGUUUCGGACCUUGAAUACGGUGUCGGAGUGUCUGUUCUCCCUGAUCAACGGAGACGACAUGUACCCCACCUUUAAGAACAUGAAGCAGAAGAGCAGCCUGGUGUGGAUCUUCAGCAGGGUCUACCUCUAUAGCUUCGUUUCGCUCUUUAUCUACAUGAUCCUCAGCCUGUUCAUCACCAUCAUCACCGACACCUAUGACACCAUUAAGCAGCAGCAGAGUGGAAACCCAACAUCAGAGCUGCAGAAAUUCAUGUCGGGGUGUAAAGAUCUGCCAAAUUCUGGGGUGUACAGACUUGACGCGAACAAAGGCUGCUUCUUGGACUGCUGCAUUAGCAGGUGCAGGAAGCAUCAUAACAGGCUGACUUCAGAGGCAUAGCAGGCGUUUAAUGUGGUGUCAUUAAACUGUAUCGCCUGUUAUAUAUUCAGUGGGAGUCUUAAAUAUACUUUAACAUUAUGCUCCUGGUUUGCUCAGGAGAUUGAUUUCAUGUGAAGGAGCAUUUCUUUCAGUGCUGAAAAGACAGUUUGAGACACUAAUGAAGUCUGGUCUUUAUGAUGCACAGAGCACUUUUAAAUACACUUAUUUAUACUGAUGUGUAGAUUGUUACACUAAAGUUUGAAGCAUGUUAUUUGGAAGGAUCCCAAUGUUGUACACUGAAGAUAAUAAAUCAAGGUUGACUCAAUGAGUAAACUGUAAACUUACAAGAUUUUAUUUCUCCAUUGUGAAGAGAAGGUUCCAAUACAAAAGCCAAAAUUACAUUUUUUUUUUUCCUCACAUUAAUUCCUUGUAAAACGUUGCAAUAAAUAAAAUUCCCAUUUCUGGUCAUGGCAAUAACUCCGCCCAUACAGGUCUUGGGAGGCCGAUAGAUACUCUGUCUCAAAUAGUCACUACUGCAGUAGUAGCGGUGGAUGUGGACCUUUAUUUCCCAAGAGAAGAUUUGAUACCGAGUUAUUGUUGGUAAGAUCAAUUCAAGCCAAGAUGUACUGCAAUGUUCCAAUUUGCUUAAUUGCUUGAGAUAGGUUCAUAUAUUAUCUUUUUUGUCCAUCAUCAUAAAGCAGAAAUCCCUUCAGUUUGGCUUAUGUCCUUGAGUGCCUUUAGUCCAGACAACACGACCCAGUUUGUGUGAACGGCUUGAUGCAGACGCCACUGGGAGAGGUCUUUGAUUAAAAUACCCAGCAUUGGUCCCUUAGUUUUAGAAGGCGGAGCGGCACACCUCUGGCCGUUCAGUCGGGAGCCCUAAAACAUUGACAAGAGACAGCUGUGAGUGCAGUUAUAUGAGCUGAUGCAUAUCAGGAGCCCGAGUAGCCACGUAUACAUCACUGACUAAAUGAAAAGCUCUUACUAAAUUAGGUUUCUUAGACGUUUAUACUAUGUAAAUACAAUGUACAAAUGCAAGUAUUUGAGAGGAAAUAAAUCUGCUUAUUUGGGUGUGAUCAAUAAAUACCAAAGCACCAA